AUGGUAGCUGUUAUUUCAACUGUCCUCCUGGUGGUUAGCCUCUUUAUCACGUCUGUCAGGUGCUACCAGAGAAGGAAUCCGCUCCGGAGGGCUAUGCAACGGUGGCAGACGCCGCCGCCUGCUAUGGAUCAGUUUCUGGAGGUUGAAGAACCGACCAACCCUAGUUGGUACAUCAACACGGUGGGUCUCGAUGAAUCGCUCAUAAACUCGAUUACUUCCUGCAAAUUCAAGAGUGGGGAGGGCCUAGUUGAAGAAACGGGGUGUUCAGUUUGUCUGAGCGAGUUCGAAGAUGGUGACGAUCUCAGGAUUCUGCCCAAGUGUAGCCAUGCCUUUCACCUUCAGUGCAUAGAUAGAUGGCUAAGGGCUCAUGUUAAUUGUCCCUUGUGCCGGGCACCGAUCUUCGUUAAUAACCUUAAUUCAGUUUCUGGAGAGAAUAUCGCUACAGUGACCCCUUCAAUGGAUGCAUCAUAUGCUCUGGAAUCGGAUGAUGGUAGAGAAAGCAACGGCGAUCUGAGCAGGAAUUCAGAUUCAAUGGCAGUUGAAAUUGGAGACUCAGGGCGUGAAAAUGAAACGGUGGAUGGCAAACCUUAA